CGUAGAAUCCAAACAGAGCCUUACACGAUGGGUGCCGAUGGGGUAUCCCAGCGGGUCAACAGCCCGCGUUUCUCGGGGCCAAUGACCCGCCGGGCCCACUCCUUCAAGCGCAACAACAACGCCACCUCCACCGUCGCCAACUCCGGCGGUGGCUCCAUCGGUGGCGGCGGAGGUUCUCUUGGAUCGCUCAAUGAACUUGAGCUGCAAAUCAAUUCUCCGAGAUCGGAGAUGGGGACUACUGGCUUGCUCUCAUCGGAAGGGUUGUUGGAAACCGUGCCGGAGAGGAAGCACGUGCACCACCACCACCUCCACCUCCAUCACGUGACGCACAGGGGUGGUGGCGGCGGCGGCGUGAAGGGUCUGCUGAAGAAGCCCAUUGAGUCCAUUGUUGUGGAGUUGGGUCUGAGGGAGAAGAAGAAGCUUGGGCACUGGAUGUUCUUGAUGUUCUGUGGUGUGUGCUUGUUCCUCGGUGUUCUCAAGAUGUGUGCCACUGGCUGGCUUGGAUCUGCCAUUGAAAGAGCUGAAUCGGACGCUAACAAGGAACUAUCUGGCUCCGUUUCUAGAUUAAUAAUGGACCGAAGCUCCAUUGAUUAUGGUUAUAGGGAUGGAGAAGGUGAUGCUGAACGAACUCUAAAGAUGGUAGACACAGGAGUAAUUGGUAGGGAGAUUGCCAUGGCCGAAGAGUCAGGCAUCUGGUCUAAACCCAACAGUGACAAUUUCACUCAAUGCAUAGAACUGCCAAGAAAUCAUAAGAGGCUAGAUGCAAAGACCAACGGCUAUAUCCUCAUAAACGCUAACGGUGGCUUGAACCAGAUGAGAUUUGGGAUAUGUGAUAUGGUUGCUGUUGCCAAGAUUAUGAAGGCGACACUUGUUCUUCCUUCUCUUGAUCACACCUCUUACUGGGCUGAUGAGAGUGAUUUCAAGGAUUUGUUUGACUGGAGGCAUUUUAUUAAUACACUGAAGGAUGAUAUUCACAUAGUUGAGAGAUUACCAGAUGUGUACGCCGGAAUCGAGCCUUUCUCAAAAACUCCAAUAUCUUGGUCUAAGGUCAACUAUUACAAAACUGAAGUUCUUCCUCUCCUAAAACAACACAAAGUGAUGUAUUUCACUCAUACUGAUUCCCGGCUAGCUAACAACAACAUUUCAAGUUCCAUACAAAAGCUAAGAUGCCGUGUAAAUUACAGAGCAUUAAAAUACUCCGCUCCAAUUGAAGAAUUUGGUAACACAUUGGUAUCUAGAAUGCGACAGAAUGGAAAUCCUUAUCUGGCCCUUCAUCUGAGGUAUGAGAAAGACAUGCUUGCAUUUACUGGCUGCAGUCACAAUUUGACUGUAGAAGAAGAUGAGCAACUAAGACAAAUGCGGUAUGAAGUCAGUCACUGGAAGGAGAAAGAGAUUAAUGGGACCGAGAGGAGAUUGCUUGGAGGCUGCCCAUUAACUCCUAGGGAAACUUCCCUGUUACUUAGAGCACUUGGUUUUCCGUCACACACAAGGAUUUAUCUGGUUGCCGGAGAAGCAUAUGGAAGAGGAAGUAUGAAAUAUCUUGAGGAUGAUUUCCCCAACAUUUUCUCUCAUUCCUCCUUGUCCUCUGAAGAAGAGCUGAGCCCUUUCAAGAAUCACCAGAACAUGUUGGCUGGUAUAGACUAUGUUGUUGCCCUUCAGAGCGAUGUGUUUCUUUACACCUACGAUGGAAAUAUGGCAAAGGCUGUACAAGGUCAUAGGCGCUUUGAAAACUUUAAGAAGACCAUCAAUCCAGACAAGAUUGAUUUUGUUAAACUUGUUGACCAAUUAGAUGAAGGAAAAAUUUCUUCGAAGAAGUUCAGCUCCAAGGUAAAAAAGCUUCAUGCAGACCGAAUCGGCGGUCCGUACGAAAGGCAGGCCGGAGAAUUUCCGAAGCUGGAGGAAAGUUUUUAUGCAAAUCCUCUGCCAGGAUGUAUAUGUGAAAAAUCAUGAUAGUAUUCAAGACUCCGUACUGGUGGUUGUGCUUCUUAUGAUGACAUCACUACAGCAGCAAACAGAAGACAUUGUGACUGUGCUGUGGUAUAUUUCUCUUAGUCUUGAGGAGAUUGGAAUAUGAAUGUUUGGAAAGCCGGAUUUUCUGGUAAGGUGCUAUAAAUUGCCCUUACCCUGUUGGAGAUAAGAUUUAUACAAGGGACCAAGGUGGGUUUUGAACCUGAACUACGCGAAUGUACUUAUAAAUUAAGGAUCAGGCACUGGCAGCCCUAAGUAUAGCACUCUCAAUACACUCAAUAGAAACUAAACAGUAUACCUUGUGAAAGAAACCUCAUCCCUAACCAUAGUUUUGAAUGAAAACUCUAGAUUGUAUUUUAUUCUACACUUGUACUGAAUAAGCUGUAUUUAUAAUGCA